CCCUGCGGGCGAGCGGUGCGGCGGCGGUGGCCGCCCCCGGGGCCGCGGGCCGAUUAUGGGCGGCGCGGCGGCAGCGGGAGGGCGCUGAGGCGGGCGGCGGCGGCGGCAGCAUGGAGGCCAUCUGGCUCUACCAGUUCCGCCUGAUCGUCAUCGGCGACUCCACCGUGGGCAAGUCCUGCCUCAUCCGCCGCUUCACCGAGGGGCGAUUCGCCCAGAUCUCCGACCCCACGGUGGGCGUGGAUUUCUUCUCCAGGCUGGUGGAAAUCGAACCGGGCAAGAGGAUCAAGCUGCAGAUCUGGGACACGGCCGGCCAGGAGCGGUUCCGGUCCAUCACCAGAGCCUACUACAGGAACUCAGUUGGUGGACUCCUCCUCUUUGACAUUACAAACCGCAGGUCUUUCCAGAACGUCCAUGAGUGGCUAGAGGAGACUAAGGUGCACGUCCAGCCGUACCAGAUCGUCUUUGUUUUGGUGGGCCACAAGUGUGACCUUGACACGCAGCGGCAAGUCACCAGGCACGAGGCGGAGAAACUGGCGGCUGCAUAUGGUAUGAAGUACAUUGAGACCUCGGCUCGGGAUGCCAUUAACGUGGAGAAGGCCUUCACGGAUCUGACUCGAGAUAUAUACGAGCUGGUUAAAAGGGGGGAUAUUUCAAUCCAGGAGGGAUGGGAAGGGGUAAAGAGUGGGUUUGUCCCAAACGUAGUGCACUCAUCAGAAGAAGUGGUGAAAUCAGAUAGGAGAUGUUUGUGCUGAGCUUUUCUAGUGAGGCAAGUGGUGAUGAACUCUACUAACCAAAUGUACUUUACUAAGUGAACUCAGUGUGACAGAAGGCAGAGCAACGCUCCCGUUGUGAACAGCCUCCUGCGUUGUUUUGGACACCAGAACAGACCCCGGGGAAAGAAAUGUCUGUUCCAAAUAACCUUUCAGAACUGGGGGCUACAAACCUACAGGAGAGUGAGCGAGGGUGCAUGUAGAUGUUGUAAGGAGGCAGGAAGCAGAAAUGAGGGGCUGCAGGAGAGAGGAGAGAGUUCACAGAGAGUCGAAUGGGCUGGCACAUGCUAGGGUACUGUACAUGUUCUCUUUUAAGUGAAUCCAUAACUCUAUGCUGGGUAUUGAAGCCACAGCAUGGAUACUUCAGUGGUUUGACAAUGGGCAUAGAGAAAGAAAGAGGACAGCUUUGCUUGUGUCAGCUGUUUAUUUCCAGGAAAGGGAAAAGGCAGCACAGAUAGAGUCUUCUUAUGAGGCCAGCUCCACAGGAAAAGUUACUGACAUGGUAUGCACACUUCUGAACUGUCUUUCUUAUGUUCUUGAACCUAGUUUGAUAGCAAAGAAUAUUCUGUGGGACUUUAAGAGGAGAACUACUAAUAGUUAUUUGAUUGGUAAUUAAAAUGUAAAUUGUUCCCCCCUCAAUAGUGCUUUUCUUGCUGUGCUGAACCGGGAUUCUAAGUGGAACUCCUGCUCCAGUAGUAAUUAUUCAAUGCAUUGUUACGCAUUUACUGCCUAGGUGAGUACCUGGAAAGUACCCUGAGUUCGGGGCUUGCCAAUAGAAUUAAGUGAUCAAGAGCAUAGAGAGAACCAUGUCCUCAUAUACUAUCUGUUCAGGCUGGGGUGGUGCAGCCAGAUGGGACACACCAACACUUCUGUCCUGGUAACCGCACUGUGCUGAUCUUUUGGAUGUCCUACCAGCCAGGUCACAGGGAGGAAUGGAAUGGAUCUGGGUGGGGAAAAACCAACCAAAAAAGCUUGAAAAGCGUAACUCAGGUGCAUUGGACAUUCUAAAAGGUGAAACUUGCUUUUUAAAAAAGUUAAAAUAGCAUGGAAAAGCAACAGCUUCCAUCAGUACUUUCUGCUGUUCAAGUGCCAUUUUCUUCCUUGGCAUUUCUGAAAGAAGAGCACUAGCACGGGGAAGGAGGAGUGCACAACAGAAGUGGCUGAGCAGGGGAAAGGAAAGCCACAAAAGGAAGCUCACAAGUAACACUUGUUUUCCUCCACGUUUUGUUUUGACACUAGAGGAUCCAUCUCAGGUUGGUCAUUGUGGGAUGGUAGCCAUGUUAGAAAAGCUGUAUGAAGGUGGAUGUUUUCUGGGAAUGCCAGUCGCCGCUUCGAAGCUUUGCUUCCACUAAGUUUUACUUUAAGCUUUCAAAGUGCAACUCCUGGGGCAAACUAGGGAAGUUCAGCCUAUUAAAACUAUAGUGGGUUAUUUUUUUCACUGAAAUUUGCAAGCUUUAUCCUUCAAACUGCUAAUGGGCAGGAGGGAGGGAUUAGGGAAUAAAACACAGGAAGCCCUUAAGUGUUUGAUUUUGGGCUGCCAAGCAGAGAAGAAUAAAAUACUUGUGGCAGCUUGUUAAGCUAUCCCACCUUCAGAAGUGUGGAUCUUCUCACUUCCUGUCGACUUCAGACUGUUUCUCCCUUUAAAUGUGUUCUCAUGGUUUGCAGCAUAUGGGCAGGGCUGUAUGAAGAACUCCUCCCCCCCGCUGUGUUUCUUUACUAUUAAAGCUGUGACAAAACAAAACCCACAUCAAACCCAACCCAACAGCCACAACCCUGAAAACAAAAAAAAUACAGUUUUGUUUUCAGUGUUCUAGGAACAAUUUCAGUUCCUGGCCCCUGCAGAGGAGCAGCAGUGGUGCACCUGCUGGGAAGGCACUGGUUGCAAACUGAGAAAGGGACAAGUGGCAAUCGUCUUUCUUUGUCACUGCUAACCUCUUAGCACUCUUGAAUAGUCUUCAACCUUAUCGACCCCCCCUUGUGGUAAAGCCCAGUGAAUUCCUGGCAUGCAGUUUAUCUUCAGGGUAAGAUUAAAAACAAUCCCUUUACAAAAUCUCUUUCUAGGUGAUCAAAGCUGGAGAAGAUUGAUGCAGAGAGCACCACAGGAGCCUGACUGCCAUGGGCUCUCACAGGCUGAUGCCAGUGGAAAGCACAAGGUUUGCUUGAACCAGGUCUGUUAGUUGUAUUUUGACAAAGGCAAGGACAAACCGAUCCAAAAGUGUCAGUGUCUUCAGUCUCUGACUGGCGGUUCACAAGGUGUGUUGUGGGCUGUGUAGCUGAGGGUAGCAGAGCUGGAGUGCUGCAUUAACAGCAAUUAGAAGUUGGAUCAAAUGAUGUUUUAGCAAUAGUAAAAUUCUUUAAUUCUCUGUGCAGGAACCUGGCCAGCAGAGGAAAGAUCACUUUUCACAGGACAACCAAUAUUUUAUUUAAUGGGUUUUGGACAUUCCCCUUUACUGCUCCCAGAGAGAAAUUCCAGAAAGCCUAACUCUGUAAAGUGCAUUCAGGCCUUCAGAGUCAGCCUUCAAUUUAAAACCACGAGUGUCAUAAUUCUGAAGAGGAACAGGACAGAAGAAAAUGGUCACAGUCUUAACUACUUAGAGGUAAUAAAUGGUUAUAUUAAAUGAUAGAGAAAUCAUUAUCUACAUCUUUUUCUAAUUCCUUGCAUUUUCUAGACAGCUUAUUGAAAUAUAGGAAAUGUAGAUUCAUCUGUACAAAAUUUGGAAUGUUUUUUCUAAGAUGAAGAACUUACAGGAUAUGCUGAGAAUUCUUUUCUAACAACUGGUUUUAAUGCUUUGGCUUGUAGUGCAAAAGGGACUUAGAGAAAGCAGAAGGUGAUACCUUUUCACAGGAGAAAGGGCAGGAGCUCUUUUACUCUAGGACAAAAAGGGGCAAAAGCUAACUUUCCGUGGUCUCUACCACAUCUUAAAAACAAUCUGCAUGUUAGACUGAAGCUGCUCAGAACCUCCAGAAUAAAAGCAUACUGUAGAGUUUCCGCGCUUUCUGUUACGCACUGUAAGGAAAUGUGAAAAUAAUGCUGUAUUUAGCUGUCUGUAUGUGACUGAAAAUAUGCUUGUAUUUAGCAAAAUGGUUACUAUGUGGUAAUGUGAAAUUCAAACUUGUAAAGAAA